GUUAGUCCAAUAGUUUUAGAGAGCAAGUGGACUUUCCUGUGGGCCUUAUCCAUUCAGCGUCGGUCAUCCUUGUUCAUCUCAUCAGCAAACGCACAACGGAAGGAGAUGAGCUAUCACGUACUCAUGGACAUACACACCGACCAUCAUAGCCUUCGAGUCAUCACUAAAAUCGAUCAAAGGGCAAGGGAAUGGAUCUCCUCCUUCUUCAUGAACCACCAACCAAUGGGCACCAACCAAGGACGAGGACCACAACAAUUUUUGAGAGCGUACGUGAAAGAUACGCAUGACAUAAGUGGAGGAGAAAAGGAAUAUCCACUCUCCAUUUGGGUGGACCCGAAACGAAGCUCCGGCCUCCUCCGGAUCUACAUUUUCCACAUCAUUUAA